AUGUUGAGAUCGAAAGCGGUGGAUGCCGUGCUUUGUGUGUCCAGCACGGUGGACAAGCCAUUGGAGCCCAAACCCAUCUUGGCACGGAGCGUGGAAGAAGUCCUGCAGACUGGAGGGGUGAAACCAAUGUUGUCGCCCAACUUGCUGCCACUGGAGGAGCUCUGGCAGGUUCGUGGAGAAGACAUCCAGCGUUUGCUCUUCAUUGGAGUUGGCUGCCAAGUGCAGGCUUUGCGUUCAGUAGAAGCUGAUCUUGGUCUCAAGGAGCUAUAUGUGCUGGGGACGAACUGUGUCGACAACCCACGCAAUGCGGAGGCCCUUCAUCGCUUCCUACAAAGUGCAAGCGAGACCCCUGAGACAGCCACAGGCUUCGAGUUCAUGCAAGACAAUCGGAUUCACGUGAAGCAUUCAGAUGGGCGAUAUGAACGAAUCCCGGUCUUUUCACUCAAAGAGCCACAAAACUGUACCGGAGUCAUUGCGAAGUCCUGCUAUUCCUGUUUCGACUAUGUGAACGCAUUGACGGACUUGACUGUGGGAUACAUGGGAGUUCCGUGGCAGGGCGGACGCAUGACGGAGCACCAACAGUACUGUGUGGUGCGCAAUGAACGUGGCCAAAAGAUGUUGAGGCUUUCGCAAAGCGUUUUGGAACUUGGACAGGCGGAGGAGCUCCAGGUGGACGGGCGCUUGUCACGUCAGCAGCUGCUGCCGGAGGUGCUGCGCCCGGAGUUGGAUUUGGCCUUUGGACAGCGGAAGCCAAGACCCGAGCCACCGAGGUGGCUGGCGGAGCUUUUGAGCGAGGUCUUCACUUGGCUGGGCCCACAAGGCUUGGACUUCGCACGUGCCUCCAUUGACAGGGCCACCUUGAGGAACUUGGUGUGCUUGGAGGUGGACCUAUUGAAGAAGCGGGCAGGACAGCAAAUGGAGUUGGAUGCGACUUUGCCAAAGCAUGCGAAGAAGAUCCGCUCUCAAUAUCAAGAGCUCUUCGAGACACUUCUGGAAACUUACAGAGGAAAGCAAGUGCAGUGA